AUUUGGCCGGGAGGAAUUAGACCGAGCACCUGCUCUGUAUGAAUAUGCAUCACAGCGGCCCUGCCUGCCUCCUCUGUCUUUCGCGCUGCCUCGCUCUUUUCACGUCUCCCAGUCACUCCAAGUGUGUUGUUGACCAACCUUUUAGCUGCCUCCAUCUAUAGCCGGACAAAGGCCUUUGAGAGCAGCUCAGACUGGGCCACGAGGACCAUUGUGCUGUUAACAAUGUUGUUUAGCUCUGGUGAACGCUGCUGAUAUUGUGUCCCGGAGCUGAUGUCUGUGUGUCAAGCAGAAGCAGCUGGCUGAUGGAAGCCUAUCCACAGCUGCUCGUACAGCGUGCACGGACGUGACUUUGAAUCGCCAUUCAGACCACAAUGAUUUUCUGGAGGAGAAUCCAUCUGAACGUUCUUGUUAUAUGUGCUAUAAGCGCUGAUACGUCCCCAAACAUCCAGUAAUCUUCGCUCGGUUACUCUGAAAUAAAGUGAGAGAGCCGUCUGGCACACAGGGUCCAGUUCUGAUGUCGUGCUGUGUUCUGGUGUGGCUUUGUUAAUGGGUCCAGUUUGACUCUGACCACAGUUAUGCGAACCAUAGAGAAAUGGAGGCAUGCGUGUGUUUUUAGCCCGACGGCGGUCUCAAAUUUGUCUCCGCUGGGAGACGGCUUAGUCACAACACUUUGAGAAAGUCGAAUUCCCGGGAAGUUUUGCUUUUUUGUUGCUUUUUAAAUCAACUCCCUUCAAAUUAGGACUUCCUUCCCGGCCAACAGAAACGUUCAAAAGGCUCAGGCAUGUCGCUGUCCCGCUCUUUUUAUAUUCUUCUACACUAAACAUGCACACAUCUCUCUCUUGGGGGUGGUUGGCUGCCUCCUUGGCCUCCUCUUGGGGUCAUUGUGGUAUUUAGGGUCAGACAAGAGCUCCAGUCAUUGCGCCCUCAGCAGUGCCUCCCAGGCAGCGCUGCAGCCAUUACACGCCAGCUUGUCUCGGCCAAUCCCCUCAGACUGCUAUGGAAAACCGCCUGGGCUGCAGCGGACCCUGCAUCCUGCUCCUUGCCAACGGAAAAGCUGGAUGUAGGAAAAACAACACGUUGGAGUAGUGGAGCCUUUCUGCGCUGGACGAGCGUUAUAAAACAUCCUCGCCUCUCUUCCUGAGAGAGCUCUUCUGUCGAGGACCUUUCACUUUUUCCUCUCUGGUUUUUCCUCUUGGCGCUCCGUUACCCAGGGUUACCCUCGGAGGAUUGUGAUUCGCUGCUCCUCCAAAGCCGGGAGGGAGUUUCCACAUGUCCUCCAGUGUGCCUGGGUGUGUGUGUGUGAGUCAGAUGCAGUGUGUGUGAGUGUUGCUUUAAGACUCAACGAGCCUCCCCAGAGUGAAUCCAGAUCAGAGAACAGCAGCUAGAUUUCUCCUUUGCAAGCUCUUCAAAGAGCUUUUAGAUUAAAGCCCGGGCCACGGAGAUGAGCCAGACGACGGAGGAAUGAGUUUAUUUUGAGAAAUGAGGCGGAGAGUGGCGCGAACAUAGAAGCUCCAGUCUGAGACGAGGCUUCAGAGGGCAGGAUGGGAAAUUCAGAGAGCCAGUACAGCAUUCAGGGUCCCAAAGGCACCAGCUUUAUCUUCCCCGGGAAACAGAAGCCAUAUUCAUUAAAGCUAGGCUCAGCCAAAGGUGAUGCUCUGUCUCCUCAUUCGUGGUGGAAAAAUGCUCCGGUAGGCUCAGGGUACAAGACCAGGUGCGUUGGCCGUGGCUGUCUGUCGCCUCCUAAAAGCCGACAGCCUUACUCUGCCCGGCUCUGUGACUACGUCUCCAAAGGAGUGAGGGGGAGCCCGGCUCAGCACCGCUGGCAUCGGUCCCCUGGAUGCGGCAUAAGGAAGCGGCACAUGUCAGACGAUGAUAAUCCAUACGGGGUUGAACUCAACGGGCACGCCCUGAACGGAGAUGAUGACGAGCACGAGGUUUUAGGGGAACAAAGCAGCCCGCGGGUGGUGAUCAAAAAGGACGGCACGCUCAGGGUGGAGUUCACCAACACCUCGGGGAAUCCUCUCCACCUGGAUGGGGCCACUGGCCCGGUCCAACUCCUCAAGUUCUCCCCCAAUGUGGAGUCGGCAUCGACUCCCAGUCUGCCUGGGUCCAGUGGCAGCAGGCAGGAUGGUCAUCACAGCGCUCCGCUUCCAGCCUCUACUUCCUCCACAGCCAGAACCAGCAAAGGCAGCUCACUGAGCUCUGACGGCUCCUGGUAUGACUCCCCCUGGGGGCCGAGCACAGAGCUGUGUGAGCAGGACCAGCCUUGCUCUGCCAGCAGAACGUUAGCACACUCCCCCAUUCACCAAAUUGUCUCCUUUGCAGAACAGUCCCCCCCUUUGUCCAUCACAGAUCUGUAUAAAGACCCCACAAUGGCUGCGACUUUCCCCACAGCCAGGGACUUGUCCUCCCAGCUACACGAGCCUCCACCGGGCCAGAGGCCACACCGAGCGUCCUUUGCGUCCGUCCUGGACGUUCCUUUGGAAGAAGAAUGCCCAGAGCCCCGCCAGUACUCUUCGUACACCCUGCCCUGUCGCAGGCCCAAAUCGCACACCGUCAGCGAGAACCUGGACCAGUACCGUGACCAGGGGCAACGGCAGGAACAGGUGGGGCCGGAUUUCAUCUUCCAGAAGAAAGACUCCAUCAAAAACCGUAUCAGACGCUUCAGUGACUGGACGGGCAGCCUCAGCCGCAAGAAGAGGAAGUCUCAGUCUCAGGAACCCCGGUACAAGGACCUGAGUGAUACGUUUGACAGUGGGGUGGAUGGUCUGACUGCAGACACCAGCUCCCCCUCCCAGGUCUCCAGCCUCCUCUGGUUUCCCGGAGCCUCCAGGGCCCAAUCUUCAGGAGCCAUUCACCAAACGACCAACGAUGCCCUUCGCCAGAACAUCUAUGAAAACUUCAUGAGGGAGCUGGAGACGGGUACCGGGCAGGGAGGAGGUGAGAGAAGAGUGCCGUCCACCGGCACCGAGGAAGACGAGAGCAGCAGCGAAUCUGCCGAAGGCUCGCUCGAGCAGCUCGACCUGCUGUUUGAAAAAGAGCAGGGGGUGGUUAGACGGGCCGGCUGGCUUUCCUUCAAACCCCUCGUUACUCUGCACAAGGACAGGAAGCUGGAGCUGGUGACGCGGCGCAAGUGGAAGCAGUACUGGGUGACCUUGAAAGGGUGCACAUUGCUGUUCUAUGAAACUUACAGUAAAGGCUCUCCGGAGCAGGAGCUGUCGCCCCGCUACGCCCUCCUGGCCGAGGACAGCAUCGUCCAGGCUGUUCCUGAGCAUCCCAAGAAGGAGAACGUGUUCUGCCUCAGCAACUCGUAUGGAGACGUCUACCUUUUCCAGGCCAGCAACCAGACUGACCUGGAAAACUGGGUGACGGCGAUCCACUCCGCAAGUGCCUCGCUGCUGGCCAAGCGCCAGGGGAAGGAGGAUACGGUGCGCCUGCUGCGGAGCCAGGUCCGCGCUCUGCUGCAGAAGAUCGACAUGGACGGGAAGAUGAAGAAGAUGGCCGAGCUGCAGCUGACCGUAGUCAGCGAUCCAAAGAACCGCAAAGCUAUCGAAAACCAGAUCCAGCAGUGGGAGCAGAACCUGGAGAGAUUCAACCUGGAUCUCUUCAGGAUGCGCUGCUACCUCGCAAGUCUGCAGGGCGGAGAGCUGCCCAACCCGAAGAGCCUGCUCGCCAUUGCCAGCCGCCCCACCAAAACCACCCUGGGACGCCUGGGGAUUUUCUCAGUCUCCUCCUUUCACGCACUGAUCUGUUCCAGAGACGAAGCCACAGUCAGGAGGCGCUCCCUGUCCCUGACUCACAGACAGCGCAAAAGAGGCCUGUUCUCCUCCCUGAAAGGCCUCGACAACCUCACGAGGAGAGGCCGUGACAAGAGACCUUCUGUCUCGCAGGUCUUUGAAAGCGAUGCUGGAGGCCAAUCGUGCGCCCUGCCUCCCAGGAGCACCGAGAGGCUGGACGUGCUGACGAGUAUAUACUCCAUGUCGCCCCCCGAGGGCGGUCUUUGGGACAGCGUCAGCAGUGCCGCAGAUGCGCUGAUGUGUGUCUACAUGCCAGACGGGCUGACGGUCCAAGUUCCCAUCAGAAGAGACCAGGCAGCUGCUGACCUUCUCUGUGCAGCGUGCAAGGUGAAACAGCUGGACCCGGGCGCGCACUGCCUCCGACUGCACAGGCGAGCGGGGCAGCACGUGGAGGUUCGAUACGUGGCUCCCGGAGAGCUCCUCCGUGAUGUGGUCAAUGAUCAGUUGGAGGUGGUCCCGGCUAAUGUGUUUACGCUGCACAUGAGCAGGCAGAGCGGCAGCGGCGACUUCGGUUUUGCAGUAACAGGAUACGCAGACAGCCAGAAGAACAGCAGGGUUUUUGUCAGCGAAGUGCUCCCUGAUGGCCUGGCCUUCAAUGAAGGUCUGCGUCCUGGCGAUGAGAUCCUGGUCCUGAAUGGUCGGUGCGUCCCCGGUCUGGACCUGGCAUUGAUCCAAAUGCUGUUUGCUGAACAAACUGUGCACCUGAGCCUGAGGCGGGAGGGCCCCGUGCUGCCACCUGUGACCUCUGACCAUCUGGCUCCUCCCACUAAACACAGCCAGGAAGUUCGAAGUAAACACCACCGAGCCAAGUCGUCCUCAGAUGUUUGUACUGCAGCUGGCGGUGGCGAAUCUCUGUACGUAGGACUGGAGGAUGCUCGCUCCCACUGCGCACACAGGCCUGUUCAGCACAGCAAGAGCGUGGACACAGUGUGCACUCUCUACCACUCCUUCCAGGAAGGGUCAGGCUCGGGCAGCGGGGGUCUGAUGGAUCACGGCGGGGAACCCUCGGUGAGGCAGGGAGGGGAUUUGGGCUCGAGCCCUACGGGAGACGCUGCCCUGCUCAGACCUUGCCCCAAGCAUAUGACGGCCACAGAGAGGUUACGCAAGGUCAUCCAGGAGCUGGUGGACACGGAGAAGUCCUACGUGAAGGACCUGACCUGUUUGUUUGAGAUCUACUUGAAACCUCUACAGAACGAAACCUUCCUCACACUGGAUGAGAUGGAGAGUCUGUUUGGCAGCCUGCCUGAGAUGCUGGACUUCCAGAGGGUCUUCCUGCAGACCUUGGAGGAGAGAAUUGCCUCGUCACCUGACUUUAGCACCCUGGAGACCCCCUCGCAGUUCAAGAAGCUGCUGUUUUCCCUCGGGGGUUCAUUCCUCUACUACGCCGAUCACUUCAAGCUCUACAGCGGCUUCUGUGCCAACCACAUCAAGGUCCAAAAGGUCCUAGAGAGAGCCAAGACGGAUCAGACCUUCAAAGAAUUCCUCGAUGCCAGGAACCCCACCAAGCAGCACUCUUCCACCCUGGAGUCCUACCUGAUUAAACCAGUGCAGAGGGUGCUCAAGUACCCCUUGCUGCUGAGGGAGCUGGUCUCCCUUACCGACGGCGACAGCGAGGAACACUACCACCUCACCGAGGCCCUGAAAGCCAUGGAGAAGGUGGCCAGCCACAUCAACGAGAUGCAGAAGAUCUACGAGGAUUACGGCUCCGUGUUCGAUCAGCUUGUUGCCGAGCAGACUGGCCACGAUAAAGAGGUCACAGAGAUCUCUAUGGGAGAGUUUCUCAUGCAUUCCUCUGUGGUCUGGCUCAACCCUCAUCCGUCGCUGGGCCGCAUGAGAAAAGACCCCGAAAUGACCGUGUUCGUGUUCAAGAAAGCAGUGAUAUUGGUCUGCAGGGAAAACAACAAGCUGAAGAAAAAAAUGGCCAACCCUCGUUCGGCGCUCUCUCACGGAGAUUCGGACCCCUUCAAGUUCCGCUGGCUCAUCCCGCUCUCGGCUCUGCAGGUCAGAUUGGGAAAUACUGCAGGAACAGGUACGCAGAGCAGCUAUAUCUGGGAGCUGAUUCACUCCAGGUCUGAAGUGGAGGGGAGACCAGAGACAGUCUUCCAGCUGUGCAGCAGUGUGCCUGAGAGCAAGGUCAGCAUCAUCAAGGUGAUCCGCUCCAUCCUCAGGGAGAACGUGAGGAGGAACAUGAAGGGCGAGGGCACGCUGGAGAGGAGCUGUAAGGAGCACCUGGCUCCUCUGAGGAGCACCCUGCCUUCCUCCGCCAGGCUAGGUGGGUUUCUGAAGCGUUCUUAUGGAGAUCUUUCAUCCAGUUUAGGUUGUAUGAAACACUCCACACUCAUUUUUAGUACCAGGCACGUCUUCCUGGGAAGGUUUCCUGUAAAAACAUCUCUUUAUAAAAAUAAUUCUUGUCGAUUGGAAUUUGAAGUCAUUUGGCCGCCUAACGCUCGGCUGGCACUCGGCUGCUUAUGCUGCAAGUGUUCAGCUCAGAUAACAGUGGAAUUUCCAUCCCCACCUUUGUUUCUAGGUUCCUCCAGAGCUUCCUGGUUGUGCAAGCAGCCGCCUGCAGAGCUCUCCACCCAGGGCGAGGCUCCGAAGCUCGGGCCAGACUCUGACGAGGGAAGCCUGAGCAGUGGAACCUACAGUUUGUCCGGGGCUCCUCCAGCCCGCGUGUCCUCCGACUCGCCCAUCUUUCCAGUCCAGCAGAACUGGUCUCAGACACACUGCUCCAACUCUCAACCCCGCUCCACCUCUGUGAAAGAGUCUGACAUUUUGAGCGACGAGGACGACGACGGCUUUAGCGAGGGGGGGACGAGGAGGGACAGCGGAGACAGCAGCUCCCCAACUAGUGCAAUUGAAGCUCAGUUUCUCCAACUUAAACUGUCGGAGGAUUCUGCAUCAGAAGGUGCACCGGCCCCCCGCGUUCAGCCCGAGGGUGUUGGCGACACCCCGGAGAUGCAACCCAAACUAGUGCGAGGCCACUUCACCGCCGUUAAGAGGAAACCGUGCAGUUUCAGGAGGAGCCCGGGAGCCCUGUUGAAGAUGAAGGAGCAGAGCAGGUCACUGGACAGCCAGACGGAUGCAGCGCUGCCGUGUGGAGCCGUGGACCUCAACACGUUGCUGGAGAGAGAGUUCAGCGUCCAGAGUCUGACCUCAGUAGUGAACGAAGACUGUUUCUAUGACCCAGCUGAGAGCGGUGCCACCGGCGCCUCGUCUCAGGUGUCAGCAUAGACGGGGCAUACAGUACCUGGGCUACUUUAGUGGCCACCGAGGCGAUGACUGCGAAGCUGUGCAUGAACUUCAAUGCCUUACAGAUUUAAGUCUCACACUCGCCCACACAAGGUUAGAUGCAAACGACGUGUUCUGAUGGCAGCUCGUCGGCUGGGACUGUGGCUUUCUUCCCCUAGAGAGGCAAAGCGCAGUGAUGAUGACUACAAUGAAUCUGCCAAGCACUGAUGUGUGUCUGCAUCGUCCUCAGCUCUCUGGGCUCUGCCUCCUCCCCACAAACCAUCAGUGCGACGCGUUCCAUUCAAGUUUGCCCCGCAGCUGCUGCUGAUUGGCAGUUUUUAUUCGGUUCUUGACCUUUUUCACGAAGAAUGUCCUCGUCUGUCACUCCCAAACGUUGAGAGGCGGUGAAAUCCACAGGACGCUGAGUUGAGUUUCUCAGGCAGACACUGGUAAUUCGGCAAAGCUUGCCAGGCAACAGGCUUUUGUAUCGAUUCUGUGAAACCAAAAGAAAACGAUUAAUACACCGAACGUUGUACGAAUUUCACUUUAGUACAAAUAUGAAAGGAGGCACUGAAGAAGAAAAAGGUGAUCACAGACGCACCCACAGAGCUGCAACGGUCAAGUGAGACUUCCUGAGAACAGGAGGCAUCAACUACGCCUUUUUUUGCUGUAUUUUGUGCACUAAGAGUACACUGUUUGCCUACAUAUUUGAAAUAUCUGUACAGGUUGUAUUGUUAUUACUGCUGUUUUUAAUUUAUUUCUGGGUUUCAUUAUGUUUAUUUUAUCCUCUUUGGGUUAAGGCUUGAACUCGAGGCUACAGAUUCGGUCGACUCUUAAAUGAGAGAGAACAGUUUGAGAGUUAAUCACUUCAUUUUUAAAUGCAGCUACUGGAUUUGGUUGUGUUUCGCUCCAGAUUGUAAUUUCUUGCAUUGGGAUGUCCAUGUUUUUACUCAGAUGACCGAUUUAAACUGCAAUAAUGUUUAAAACCCGAUGAUUUUAAUGUUUGUAUGUAUCCUGUAUAUAUAAUCUUUUCUAUCUUUGAUACGUUUAUGUAUACUCAUACAUACUUGACACUGUACAGAAACGAAACAGGAUCUUGCAGUAACACAGUUGAUAUUUUUGUAAAGAGCGUUUGCCAUUACAUUAAGUACAUGUUUGUACUAAAAAAAGGCAAACCACUACAUGCUUUACCCUUUCAGCUGAACUCUACCAUGCCUUUAAUGCUAGCAUACCAAUGAAUGUGAAUGCUCCAUUCUGAUGGAACUGUUUUAUAAAUAAAAGUAUAUCUGUGAAAACCA